GUUCACACUUCACAUAAUUCAACUCUCUAUUUGCUUCUCUUCGCGGAAGGUUUUUUUCGAUUCAUCUCAAUUCUCAAGUAGCAAUGCAUUCAGCUUCUCUUUGUUCUCCACAAGCAUUCGCAUUAAGACCACAGCAUCGGAAAGUUGGACUCCGGCAAGGAAAGGGGUCUGCCGGUAAGAUCAUGGCCGCUGGAAAAGACGACCAUGACUGGGAUAGCAGUGGGAGACUUGUGGACGAGAGCAUGAUCGUGCUGCGAAAACGCAUUCAGGAAAUGAAGAUGAUGGAGAGAAAUUAUGAACCCCCCUCGGAUUGGACGGAGUGGGAGAAGAAAUAUUACGCAAGCUACGAUUCAUGCAUCUGCAGAGCAGUUGGGCUAUUGCAAACCCAAUUGAUGAAAACUAGGCCUAGUUUGGCUCUUGGGAUGGUGGCACUCGUUCUAUUGAGCGUUCCAACUUCGAUGGUUAUGAUCGUGUUACGCUUCAUGGAGACAGCUAAUGGGGUUUUGUCUGAAAUUCAUCUCUGAUAUGUUACUUAGAAUUUAGACAAAAUGUAUGAUGCAUCCACUACACUGCAUAAAAAAAGAUAUGGACUAAUAACAUCUUUAAUUAAAUGUGAAA